AUGAUUUUGCAUUUCCGGGAGGGGAAUUGUAUGUAACCAAUACAGUACUCCUCCCUGCCAGCUCAUGCACACUGCUUUAGAUGGCUGCGCACAGCACAGACAUACAAAGCAGUGUGAUUACAGUGAAGCACACGGACACAGCUUACAGUCAAACAGCAAACAGCACACAGUUAACCCUUUGAUCGCCCCCAUGUUAACCCCUUCCUGCCCAGUGCUCUUAGUACAGUGUCAGUGCUUUUUUUAGCACUGAUCACUGUAUUGGUGUCACUGGGGAUGUCAGUGACACCAAUUCAGUUUCCCACAGUGUCAGAAUGCCCUCCGAAGUCCCACUAUAA